UCAAGAUCCUUAGAGUAUCAAAAGCCUUUCGCAACAUAGUUUACACUCCAACUCUCUGGCGUGAAACUAUUAUUUACAAUACAAGAGGUUUCGGAAAUGAAGCGUUGGAAUUAUUAAAGAGAGUACAUUCAUUAGACGCUAGAGCAAGUGAGCUGGAUGACGAAUUUGUUAGAAAGUUGGUCACGGGGCUGCCUGGUCAGUCACUAAGAGUAUUAGAUUUAUCGGUUAACGACAUAACUGAUAAAACAGUAUUUUAUAUAGGCAAUAAUUGUCCAAACCUUCAAAAAUUAUUCUUAGAAGGUUGCGAAGAAAUAACCAAUAUCAAACCUUUAAUUCACCUUUCCACUCAUUUAAACACUUUAAUACUUUCAUACUGUAGUGAAUUAUUGGAUUCUACAAUUGUUGAUCUAGUUUCUCCUGUUCUUGGUGAAAAUCUGUCAAAACUGGAUUUAGAUGGAUGUCACAGAUUAACUGAUGUUAGUAUAUAUAGAAUAUCCUGUUAUUUGAAAAAUUUGGAAUAUCUAGCGAUCGACGGUCAAGGAAUAAACGAUGAUCCUAUAAUUAAUGUGUUUAGGAAUUGCAGAAAGUUGAAUUUAUUUUCAAUGUCUUUUUGUGAUUCCUUAACUGACAAGUGUUUACAUGAUAUU